CUCUCGAACAAAGCUAUAGUUCAUACGAGACCACUAAAUCUGUUGUCGGGUUUGUUGAGCUAUACAUCUCAGGAAAUUAUUUCGUAGUUUUUUUCAUUUACACAGUUUAAAAUUUUGUGUUUAUUACGAUAAUUUUUUGUCAUUUCUUAUAUAAACGUUUUAGAAACGGCAAGCGUAACUGGAGUAAAAUCUGUUACUUCAAUUGUGUAAACGAUAACCUGGUGUUUCGUACAAAAUCUAUCACUUCGAUAUUUUUAUCAUAAAUCAAUUUAUCGCUUUAAAAGAGACCACUAGCUCAUUCAUCUUAUCGUUAUCGAAAGCUGAUGACUAACCGUUUCUAUAAGGUUGAUGAUCUAGCAAAGUGUGAAGUGUCUAUAAUCGUGUAGCGUAUUCAAUUGUUCAAGGAAAUUAUGCUUUCUAAACGCGCGCACAAUUUUGAUGUUGAUCUGGACUAUAUUAAUACAUAUUCUGUGAACCGUGCGCUACGUGAUCCAUACGAUGCCAAAAGUAAUCCGAAUGGAAUCAUUAAUUUCGGAACGGCUGUAAAUGGACUGAUGGAUGAAGUAUGGCUGAACAGAUUUCACGAAAUUGAACCAUUCAAAGUGGACCAGAGUCAUUUUCGCUACUAUCAAUUUUGGGGUACCAAUGACUUCUUGCAAGAAUUAGCGUCAUUUAUGACAAAAUGUUUUAAGCCAUGGAAGGCGGAAAUCAGCAUGGAAAACUUACUCAUUUUCAACGGGGCCUUGUUAACACUGGAUCUUUUGGGAUGUCUACUUGGCGAUGCAAAUGAUGUUUUCUUAUGUCCUUCACCUGCAUAUCCGAGUUAUUUUCAUGCUUGUGUUCAACGAUGGGAUAUAGAGAUGGUCACCGUUCCACUGAAAGUCGUCGAACCAUCUAAGGAAACCGAUUUAGAUGUACACUUUGAACUGACGCUUGAGGACAUCGAAAAAGUGUUUGUUGAAGAAUGUGCCAAGGGUAAAAAUGUUAGAGCAUUUCUACUGAAUAAUCCACAGAAUCCUUUGGGUAAAGUUUUUGAUAGACAACUCGUUGUGGAUAUCAUGAAGUUUUGUCAAAGAAACGGUCUACAUUUGAUAGUUGAUGAAAUGUAUGCUUUGUCUGCAUUCGACACGGAAACUGAUUACAAUUCUGUUCUAUCCAUGAACACGGACGAUUUUAUUCAACCAGACAUGUUACAUGUGAUUUGGGGUUUCAGUAAGGAUCUCUGUUUGGUCAGCUAUCGCACAGGAGUUUUACAUACCCGGAAUGAACCUCUAAAGUUGAACUUAAAAUCUAUGGCAGCAUUCCAAGCUUCAUCUGUACCAACCAUGGUAAUUCUCAGGAACAUACUUAAGGACCAUGAAUGGUUUCAUGGCACCUUCUUCCCGGAAAAUCACAAAAAAUUACGUCAGGCCUAUUCGAAUGCAAAGAACAAAUUCGCCAGUAAAGGUAUUCGAACGACUUGCUCAUCUGCGGGAUUCUUUUUCCUAGCUGAUUUUCGGUCAUUCAUUGUUCCAUUGACCGAUGAUAAUUGCCACGAACUGGUGAAGACAUUCUACGACAAUAAAGUAUAUCUUACACCGUAUUGGGAAAUGAAGGCACCAAUGGGAUGGUUUCGCGUAGUGUUUUCCGUUUAUUCUGACGAUGAUUUCCAAAUAGGCUUCGAUCGAGUCUGCACGAGCAUCGAACAGUAUCAGCAAAUGCGGAACAGAAAAUGAAGUUUACUCUAAUUGUUAAUAGACAAUGGGAGCACAAAUAAAGUUUUUACUUUUUUACGAAAA